AUGAGUCUUCUGCUCUCAAAUCUCGAGUUGGAACUACUAGCAGAUUCAGAGGAUGCUUCCAUUGUGGGAAGACAGUUUUGGGUUGAACCUACACGAUAUGGAAGGGUAUGGAUGACUAAGAAGGAUCUUUAUGGAAAGAUGUCUGCAGAAUCAGAACAACUCAACUACAAGAAAGUGUACUCUAGUUUUAACAAAUGUGGUCGAAUGAGCUACCAUGGAAACUUUACUUAA